AAUAACUACAUUUAGUAGCAUAUCGUAUAGUAGUUAGUAACUGUUUCGUGAGUGCGAUUAAUUCCAUACAUGCCAUCGUUAUUCGAAUCCGAUACAAUAAUGCCAACGAGGUUGGAUGCCAGACGAAACUGUUGGAAAAACAGGUCGAGCUUAGAGAAAAUUCUCAUUCUGGCCAUUGUCUUGGCAAUAAUAGUAGUCAUAAUCUUAGGAGUUUUAUUAAGUAACAAAUCUGAUUUAAGAAGAACGGAAAGUUCAUGCAAUACAACAGCAUGCUUAAUCGAGGCCGGCAAUAUUAUGCAAUAUGUGGACUCGGAAACAGACCCGUGCGAUGACUUCUAUCAAUUUGCUUGCGGGAAUUUUAUGAAACGCGCUCAUGGCGAUGACAGCUUCAGAUUUAUGGAUAGAAUGGCGUCGAAACAUAAAAGGCAGGUAUUGGAAGUGUACAGUGAACCGAUCGUAGCUAACGAACCCGCGAUGGUGAAGACGGCUAAGAAGUUGUUCCAAUCCUGUAUGGAUGAAAACAACCUCGAAAGUGAAAACUUGAAAAGCAUAAAGCGUGCCAUUGCUUCCGUUGGAGGAUGGCCAGUAUUGGAUGGUGAUCGAUGGAACGAAACUAAAUUUGAUUGGUUGCAAGCUACUUACCGACUAAGGAAAUUAGGAUACCACCAUUCCGCAUUCUUGGAUUUAACUGUGGAACCGAACCGGGACACGCAUGUGCUCAAGGUGGAACUACCCGACGUAUUCGAUUACAGCUCGCACAACUUCGACAAACUGGAUUUUAUGGUGGAAACAGCUUUAGCAUUUGGUGCCACUAACAGGGAUAAGAUUACCGCCGAAAUGCAGCUCGUGCAUAAUUUUCUCAUUGAUCUUCAACUGCAAACGCACAAUAACUACGGAUCUGGCAAUUCAACCCAAUACACUGUCGCCAAAUACCAACAAAAAUAUGGUGUCGUCGACUGGUUGCAAUUUCUAAAUAACUUAACAAAUCCCGUCUUAACCGUUCGCAAAAACGACACGGUCAUCUUCCCACCGGCACCCACAAUGAAAAAUUGGAUCGGCCUAAUUACAAACACACCCAAAAGAACACAAGCGAAUUUCUUAAUCUGGACCGUAAUAGAAAAGAUUCUCCCCUACCUCCCUGACAAGUACCAGAACUACAAUGUUAUCUGGAAGAAACCUCAAACUCUUCAAGAAACUUGCCUAGAACGAAUCCACGACAAGUUCCUACCAAAUCCAAUAGAUAUAAUGUGCGAUCGCAGAUACUUACCUCUGCAAAAAAAGCGAAAAGUUGAAGAAUUAGUGUCGAAUAUUCAAGCGGAAUUUCUAAGCUCAUUAGCUGGUAAACCGGAAAAAUUGCAAAACAUGGUCAAAACGAUGCGACUAGCCAUUGGACAACCUGACGAUUACUUCAGCGAUGAGAUCUUCAAAAAAGUUGCAGUUGAUAUGAUAGGAAGUGGGGAUAACAGUUUUAUCAGCUUAAUGGCGCAGGCGAUCAGAAAUCAACGGUCAAUGUUGUAUGCGAAAGUUGGUCAGAAGGGAGGUCUUUAUGAUGAAUGGUACCAGAAAGCUUUGAUAAGUUUCAUUGCAUAUAACCGGGAGAAGAAUGUGCUGUAUUUAUCGAGCGUAUUUACCCAAGACGAGGUCUUCAGUACCAUGCGGCCUGAGUAUAUGAAUUAUGGUAGUUUAGGUACCACAGUAGGACACCAGUUAAGCCUUAUAACGCAAGAGUUUGGACAAAGUGAGAAUAUGAAGUGCGUUAUAAGGGCAAUGAGGGACUAUCGCGUGAAUUUGGAUAUGCCGGAGGUGAACAACAUAGUGCAGUUCAGCGUCGGUAGUACACUAGCGUACAGUGCAUACGAAAAGCACUUUAAGGAGGAUCAAAACAUGCUAAUUGGAUUAAAUUUCACCCCGAAGCAACUGUUUUGGCUUGCAACCACGUCGAUCUUGUGCGAACCAGUUAAUCCAUAUCAUAAGUUUGGCGUAAACGGCACCCUGAUCUCUGCGAAGAUCUCUGGGUUCGUAAGACAUCACCCCAAUUUCGCCAAUGAUUUUAUGUGUAAACCUGGUUCCAAAAUGAGUGCUGCUGUAAAAUGUGAUUUAGUGUAGUUUAUUAUUUUAUUUAUUUUUGUUGUGUCAUCGUCAAUUAUCCAGUAAGGCGCGAAUGUUGAUUUUUAAUUAAAUAUUAACUAAGAAAUCGAAUUGA